AUGCCACGCGCACCGCUCCGGCGCCGCCAGCUCAACCGAAAUGGCCCGACUGCGCGCAGUCCGCGCUUUAAAAAGAUCCCCAGCAGCAGUCCCGCCAAGGCAGAACUAGCGAAGAAACUUGCGCAUAAACCCAUUGGCCCUCGGCCGACCGAUAGCGAUGACAGUGAUAGGCUCGUUGUCAAGGGCAAUGGGAGGAGAGGGAGAAACGUCGCAAGCCAGGAGAUUUACGCCUCGGGCGCCGUGGGAAAGGGUGACAAGCCGGGGAAUUACCCCACAAGGGCUCAGAGGAGGAAGAGUCUGACGGAUGCGACAAGGGAGAUUCUCGCGAAUGGACCGAUUGAUGUGCGAAAUGGGAAAGAGUCGGUGGCAGCGCACGGCGGCAGAUCACGUACUCAUGUUCAAGAGGAGCCGGUUGAGAAAUCCCCGCAGGUGAACGGGGUUGUAAAGAAACCCAUGACCGCCAGGAAAGACGCACCGCCUCCUGCCACUGUCGCAUCUUCAGCUGUGAUACCCUCGGAAUCUGCUCCAAGGCCAGUACAACCGACACCGACGCGGGAGAACUCGAUUCUUGGGACGCUGAAGCCCCGACGGCGGCAGCCUAGUAUUCUGCAAGACAUUGACCAGGACUCAUCGAGCUUCGACGUUGAAGACGAAGAGCAAUUCUUACCCGAUGACGAAUCUACUCCUUUCAAUCCGACCAAACCUCAACGCCCACUUUCGUCUCCAAACCCUCCAUCACCCUUGCUCUCGUCCUCUUCACGAAAACGGAAGUUUGGUGCCUCGGAUCCGCUUGGUCUGACUGAAAGUGACAAACAUCAAAUGCCGACCAGCUCGCCACUAUCCUCUGCUCGACGAUCUCGAAAUACCCCUGAACCGUCGCUUCCUGCACUCCCGGUCUCUACCUUGCGGGAAUCGGGCCGAAAAUACCGCGAAAGCGUCCGCCACGCAGACGAUAUCAUGGCUCCCCCCGAAAGCAGCUCCUCGGCAUCAUCCUCCCCAGCCAGGGCAAAAGCUCCUCCAUCAAUCUCCAGGACGAAGACACAGAUUCCGAAGCCGGUCGCCACGAUCACGACGAAACAGCUGCUCGAAGCCGCCAUGCCGUCGAAGCGCCGCAAGGCCACCCGAGAACGAACACGAAAUCGCGAUCAUUUCGAUAUUCCUGCAGAUUCUGACUCUGAACUAGCAGACGGGGACGACGACUCGAAUUUCCUACCCGCCGGAAAUGGCCGCAAGAACAGGCGGAAAGAGCCAGUCGUCAAGCCAAACGGCGCGCGGACAAGAACAAAGGCUAAACCCAAGCCUGGCAAAGCUGCUGCCACUGCCAAACGGAAGCAAGCAGCCUCAAAAACAAGUACGAGCCAUCUUCUCACCACUUCUACCACUGCGCCAAUCUUGACGCCCUCUACAUCCACAUCGAAUCGCGAAACUAAGUCUCCCUCACAGCAGCGUUCUACUACAAGCGUGUUAUUCAAUACCGAUGGAGAGCUCAACGCACGCACGUCGAAGCCGUAUGGUGGCUCCCACCUGCGUGGGCAAGAGCAAGGUCCCACGGCACGUGGAGGAGACAAAGAGAAUCAAGUCCCACGAGAGCCAGGCUCAAGCGAUGAACUUUCCGAAGGUCAUCGAAAUAUUGGAAACGCACAAAGUAAGCAGGCGGGGAGUAAAAGCAAAUGGGCGGAUAUAGAUGCUUGGGAUAUGGAUUUCGAGGAUGUGGAGGUAUUGACUGGUUCGGGGGGGAGUUCGCCUUUUCUACGGUGA